AUGUCGGCCAAGAAGGCAGAACUGAAGAAAACAAGCCUGGUAAGGGAGGAACACUGCUGGACAAUGGGGAGCAAGAACUACAAGGCAGUGUGCCUGGAAUUGAAGCCAGAGCCGACCAAAGCAUACGACUACAAAGGAGUGAAACAAGAAGGGCCGUUUACCAAAGCAGGAGGAACUCAUGAGCUAAGGAAUGAACUCAGGGAGGUGAGGGAAGAGCUCAAGGAAAAAAUGGACGAGAUCAAACAGAUAAAGGGCGUAAUGGACAAGGAUUUUGAUAAACUCCAGGAAUUUGUGGAGAUUAUGAAGGAAAUGCAGAAGGAUAUGGAUGAGAAGAUGGAUGUUUUAAUAAAUAUACAGAAGAACAGCAAGCUUCCCCUUAGAAGAGGGCCAAAGGAACAGCAAGAACUCAGGCUGAUAGGAAAAACAGACCCGGACCCACAGCUCCGCCUCAAGAAGAUGGAUGGGGCUGAUGGAACACCGCUUUCUCUCCACAAGAAGAUGAUGGCACUACAGAAACCAAAAAAGGACCCUCUGGAUGCCCUUCAUCAAUGCGGGCCAUGCUGCGAAAAAUGUUUGUUGUGUGCCCUAAAGAACAACUACAAUCAGGGCAGCAGAAAACUUCCGUAUCAAGCCUGGCCACCCUGUUCAUCCUUGGCUUCUGGAGCUGCUUUCUGAUUUAUCUGUACUUCCAACCCUAUGUGGUGGAGGACAUGCUCCCAACCUAGGGCCGCCGCGGAUCCCACCAGCAGCUCCGGCUCU